UAAAAUUCGGCAUUUAAUUUAUUAUAAUUUAAAGAAAAAUUUUUAAGGCUUUGAUAUCCAAAUAUUUAUAAAGCUUAAAUAUGAAUUUAAGUGAAAAUUGGUUUUAUACCCACCCCACAUUACCAACACCCAUAUCAGUGACUCAUGAAGUUCUCAAAAGUGGACGACAACAAAGCAAGAGCAAUAAAAAAUUGGCCCGGAAACAGCAAGUAAAUUUUAACGUUUAUAAUUCGAAGAAAUUUGAUAAUAAAGAUGAAAAUCUGGAAAAAUUGUUCAAAACAUCUUCUUAUAGUCGAGAUUUUUAUGUACCUUAUGCUUCAGUGUGUCCUCCUAAAUCGUCAAUUGUUGAUGAUAUAGAUCCAUUAUUUAAUCGUAAACCAGUAAAUGUAUUUCAAAUGCUCCCUUGGGCUCCAGGAAAAUUUAUGGACGAUCAUUUUUCUCGUCCGACUGCAGAGAGGAAGCGUAUAAAUUUCUUUAGGCAAAUGCGACAAAUAUCUUAUUUAGAUAAAACGUAUGAAUAAAAUAAGCUUAAUUAUACAAUAGAAGUGUAUAAAAUAAAAAAUUAAAAUACAAAACACGACCUAAUAAAUAAACCAAUUUUUUACCAACUAAAAUGUACCUUUGUUGCUUUAAACAAUUAAAAAAUACCUCUAUGUUCUAUGAACAG